GCCCGGACGUGAUUGUUCGAGCCCGGCCCGAACCCCUGAAACACAGUAACAAGGGUUUAUGGAACAGGAAGGGAAAAUCUCCCUCUCUCUCAGACGCAACAUCCAUUUCAAUCCUGCUACCUAAUGCCGCUGGAAUAAUAUUUCUGGCUUAUCGUAGCCCUUUGUAGCCUGAAUUUGGAGAUGGCUUUGUCGAUUUCUCGAAGAGUAUUGCGUGCCUUCGCUCCCGGCGACGUUUCUUCUCUGCCAUUUUCUGUAUAUAGCGCACUUCGUGGUCAUGAUUGUCGCGAUAGCUCUUAUGUGAUGAGAUCUUCGGUCCUCGGAAAGGCAUCUUUGGAUGUUUUCCGGAGGUACUCUACCGCUAUUUUGACCCCAAAUUCAAGUGAAGGUGCAUUUCCGUCGCAUUUGUUGUCCUCUAAACAUAAAGGUGUUGCCAUUCCUGAUCGGGAAAUAGGUCUCUGUCAGGAUCUGGUUAUUCCUGUUACAAAUUUUCAUAAUGAAGAUAAAGGCUUUAUGACAUUGGGUGGUGAUGUUUUUGAUGUGCCAAUCAGAAAGGAUAUUAUUCAUCGUGUCGUAAGGUGGCAACUAGCUAAGCGGCGGCAGGGGACACAUUCAACCAAAACGAUUAGUGAGGUUAGCGGGACUGGCAGGAAGCCUUGGCCCCAGAAGGGCACUGGUCGUGCAAGGCAUGGAACACUUCGUGGUGCACAGUUCAGGGGUGGUGCUACCAUGCAUGGUCCAAAGCCACGGAGUCAUGCUAUCAAGCUAAACAAAAAGGUUCGGCGACUAGGACUGAAGAUUGCACUUUCAGCUCGUGCUGCUGAAGGGAAGCUUAUGGUGUUUGAAGAUUUAGAAGUUCCUUCGCACAAGACAAAGAACAUUGUUCACUUUGUCAGUCAAAUGGAGAAUGCUAAGAAAAUUCUCGUUGUUGACGGUGGUCCUAUUAACGAGAAGCUGAAGUUGGCUACUCAGAAUUUACAUUAUGUCAACGUACUACCUUCCAUUGGUCUGAAUGUUUACAGCAUCCUUCUGCACGAUACGCUAGUGAUGUCUCGUGAUGCUGUGAACCGAAUAGUUGAAAGGAUGAGAACUCCAAUCAAUCGCUGAUAGAGCUCGUGCUUGCAGCCAUCAGAACAGAUGCUUGGGUAGCUGGGUUUUCGUUCACCUCGACAGAAGGCUGUAUUGAACACGUCGUCUCGAGGUAUUUCUCGUCUCCAGGAAACUAGCUCUUGAACUGGGAUUUCACACUGUUUAUUGUUUGUGAGAACUCACAUAUUGUAGAGCUUAGCUAUUUUAGUUUUCCUCUCAUGGAAAGUGGAAACAUAUCAUAACUUAGUUUUGAAUAAUUUGGACUUUAAUUUAAGAUCAGAUACUUUUUAAUAAAUAUAUUUUGGUGUUCUAA